AUGGCCAGCGGUGACUCCACGUCACCCUACCACCCCACGGCCAAACCCACCACCACCACCCUCUUCAACUGCAAAAAAACCAACCUCUACUCUUUCAUCGCUUUCCUCUGCAUACUCUCUUACAUCUUCGGCGCGUACCAACAAACCACCACUACCAAAAUCCCCACAAAAACCCCAUGCCCCCAAAACCCCACUCUCACCCCAAUAACCACGCGCCUAGACUUCUUCUCCCACCACAACGCCACCUCCCUCACUCCCUCCGCCUCUAAACUCCACUAUCCUCCCUGCCAUGCGUCACUCGGCGAGUAUACCCCCUGCGAAGACCACGCGCGCUCGCUCCGCUACUCACGCGACAAAAUGGUGUACCGCGAGAGGCACUGUCCCCAGAAGAAUGAGCUUCUCAAGUGCCGCGUGCCCGCUCCACACGGUUACAAGAACCCGUUUCCGUGGCCCACGAGCAGGGAUGUCGCGUGGUAUGCAAACGUGCCUCACCGUGAACUCACGGUGGAAAAGGCCGUGCAGAACUGGAUCCGUUACGACGGCGACAAGUUCCGCUUCCCCGGCGGCGGAACCAUGUUCCCACUUGGUGCUGAUAAGUACAUCGACGAUAUUGGAACGUUGAUUAAUCUCCGAGACGGUUCAGUUCGAACCGCUGUCGAUACUGGCUGUGGGGUUGCUAGUUGGGGAGCGUAUCUUCUAUCCCGUGACAUCUUAACAGUGUCGAUUGCACCAAGAGACACACACGAAGCACAAGUUCAGUUUGCACUUGAAAGAGGAGUUCCUGCAUUAAUUGGAGUUCUAGCUUCAAAGAGGUUGCCUUUCCCUUCUAGAGCUUUUGACAUGGCACACUGUUCUCGCUGCCUCAUUCCAUGGGCUGAAUAUGAUGGGCUUUAUCUAAAUGAAAUUGAUCGAAUUCUACGCCCUGGUGGGUAUUGGAUUCUAUCUGGGCCUCCAAUACGGUGGAAGAAAUAUUGGAAAGGAUGGGAAAGAACAAAGGAGGAUUUGAAUGCAGAGCAAACUAAAAUUGAGGAGGUAGCUAAAAGCCUGUGCUGGAAAAAGCUAGUGGAGAAGGGUGAUAUUGCUAUUUGGCAGAAAGCCAAAAAUCAUUUGGAAUGCAAAGCUAACCGUAAAGUCACUCAAAAUCGCCCUUUUUGCCAGUCACAGCAUAAUUCUGACAAAGCUUGGUACACAGAUAUGAAGACAUGUUUGAAUCCUCUACCUGAAGUGUCCAACAAAGAAGAAACUGCAGGUGGGGCAUUGGAAAAUUGGCCUGAUAGACUAAAAGCCACCCCACCAAGGAUUUUCAAGGGGACCAUAAAGGGUGUUACUCCUGAAACUUUCUCAAAAGAUAAUAAUCUGUGGAAGAAAAGGGUAUCAUAUUAUAAGAAGGUUAACAAUCUACUAGGAAAAGCUGGGAGAUACCGCAACCUUUUAGACAUGAAUGCUUACUUAGGUGGUUUUGCUGCUGCACUAAUUAAAUCUCCUGUUUGGGUCAUGAAUGUGGUUCCUGUUCAGGCUAAGGUUGAUACACUUGGUGCAAUAUAUGAAAGGGGUUUGAUUGGAACAUACCAAAAUUGGUGUGAAGCAAUGUCUACUUAUCCUAGAACUUAUGACUUAAUUCAUGCUGAUUCAGUGUUCAGCCUUUACAAUGACAGAUGUGAAUUGGAAGACAUUUUGUUAGAGAUGGAUAGGAUUCUUAGACCAGAAGGAAGUGUGAUCAUAAGAGAUGAUGUUGAUAUAUUGGUAAAGGUAAAGAGUAUUGUGGAUGGCAUGGAUUGGGAGAGUCAAAUUGUGGACCAUGAAGAUGGCCCUCUUGAAAGGGGGAAGCUUUUAUUUGCUGUGAAAAAUUAUUGGACUUCUCCCACAGCAUCCGACAAGAAUAAUAAUAAUAAUAAUAAUAAU